AUUUUUUUUUUCUUUUUCUUUUUUUUUUUUUUUACUAUAUACAACUGUUAUCAAUGUCUGCUAAUCCAAAUACUACAACAAUCCCUUCUCUUAAUCAAAAUCCACCCAAUGUAUCCCUUAAUAAUUUAUUUGCGAGCCUCGCGGAUAUUUUGCAACCAAUCAAUGAACCCAAAUGCCAGAGUAUUCGCUUCGUAGAAAGUGUAAAACUCAACGAUUACAUCGCAAAAUCUUAUAGAGGUAACAUUUUACCUUACAACGAACAGACGCAACGUAUGUUGCAUUUGGAAGAAAUUAAACUACAGUUGGCUUUUGUCGCAAAUGUGGAAGAGGUUGAUGCACUUAUUAAAAGAUUAAACGACUUUAACAUUGAUGAACAACAAACAUAUACGGCAAGAAUGGAAAUUCAACUCGUAACACGAUUAUUAUCGUAUUCAUUACAAUUUCGUAGAUGUCUUUCUGCUGUACCUGACGAACGUAUUACUUCUGCCGUUGCCGCUGUAUCCGAUUAUAAAAGCGCUUUGUUGGACCUUUUAAACCCUUUCACAACGUUACAAUAUAAAUUCCUCAUGGAUAAUUUCUUGGAGAAAGCUCAAGAUUUAUUACAAUUACCUUUCAAUCCGUUCGGCGAUCCAGCUGGUGACAUAAAAGCAAUGAUCGUUGGUGCUUCACCCUUUUUAAUUACUGGUGGUUUGAUACAACCUUUGGAUACCGAAGUUACCAUGAUGGAAAACGUUUAUCGACAAUCAGCCGGACAAUACAAAUUAUUUAAUGAAGCUAGCCACAGUGAUGGAUCCUUUAUUCAAUUCGGAUUUAAAGAAUAUGUUCGUCAUAAAAUUCCCUUGAAACGCGUCAUUAAUGGAGCAUACACUUGUUACGUUGAUCCUUUAAGCAAGACAUAUUAUUAUACCACUCUUACUCUUGAUCCAUUCCGCUUUAAAGUACUAAAAAAUUGUAUCAUUCAUGAAAUUAUUUCUGGAAAAGCCGCUUAUAUUCAUAGUGCUAUAUACUUUUACCUAAGUAUGUGUACAGAUGAAGAAGAUUUUCAAUUGAUGAUCGAUUAUGGAGUUAUUCAAUGGGGAUACCCAAUAGAAGGAUAUUCCUUCUUUUGCGAAUUGAUGAAGGAAUUAUUAAGUAUUAUGUAUUGUUGGAAAUUUACUAAUACUCGAACUUGGCAUACAGAAUUGGUCAAAAUUGCAAGAUGGAAGGAUAAAAAGGGAGAUACAUCAACCAAUUGGGAAACUUUUGCGGCUUCAUGUUAUAAUGGAGGUUUACUUAAAACGGAAGUUACCACUUGCUUGUACAAGAGUCUUUGUUAAAAUUGAUUUUUACCAAUUACUUUUGAUUUUACUUUUUUUUUAAAUUUAAAAUUUUGUUAUAAUUCGUACAUUUUUAUAUAUAAUGUAUAAAGAAACAAGAGAAUUUUUUUUUUUUGAAAAUGAAA